UCUCUGGACAGUCAGAGACACGCCAGAAUGGAGGUCCUAAAGGAGAAAGUGGAGGAGGAGGAGGCGGCCGAGAGGGAGGAGGCAGCCGAGCGGGCCGAGAGGGGUGAGAAAAUGAUGAGGCCGUUGGAGGUGCGGAAGGAGGAAACCUUCAUGACACAGGAGAUGCUCGGAGACCUGGAGAGGAAGCUGUCGGAGACUGAGGUCUCCGUGCCGGAGAAGCCCUCGACUCUUACCAAGGACACCAUCGACAUCUCCAAGCUGCCCCUUUCCUACAAAAGCAACACGCCCAAGGAGGAGCACCUGCUGCAGGUGGCUGACAACUUCUCCCGCCAGUACAGCCACCUGUGCCCGGACCGCGUGCCCCUCUUCCUGCACCCCCUGAACGAGUGCGAAGUGCCUAAGUUCGUGAGUACAACCAUCCGGCCCACGCUGAUGCCCUACCCUGAGCUCUGCAACUGGGACACCUGCGCCCAGUUCGUCUCGGACUUCCUGUCCAUGGUGCCCCUGCCCGACCCCCUCAAGCCACCCUCCUACCUCUACUCCUCGACCACGGUGCUCAAGUACCAGAAGGGGAACUGCUUCGACUUCAGCACGCUACUCUGCUCCAUGCUCAUCGGCGCCGGCUACGACGCCUACUGCGUCAACGGCUACGGCUCGCAGGACCUGUGCCACAUGGACCUGACUCGGGAGGUGUGCCCACUCACCAUGAAGCCCAAGGAGACGGUCAAGGAGGAGGAAAAGGCACCUCCUAAGAAGUACACCAUCAGACCGCCCAGGGACCUGACCAGCAGGUUUGAGCAGGAGCAAGAGAUUAAGAGGCAGGAGGCGAUCAAGGCUGAGGAGGUGAAGAGGCUGAAGCAGGAGGAGGCACGCCUCCUGGAGGAGGAGAAUGCAAAGACCGACCCCCUUCAUGGCCUGCGGGUACAUUCCUGGGUCCUGGUGUUGUCGGGGAAACGUGAGGUGCCCGAGAGCUUUUUCAUCGACCCGUUCACUGCACGCAGCUACAGCACCCAGGACGACCACUUCCUGGGAAUCGAGAGCCUCUGGAACCACAAGAACUACUGGGUCAACAUGCAGGACUGUUGGAACUGCUGCAAGGACUUGGUCUUUGACCUGGGAGACCCCGUGAGGUGGGAGUACCUGCUCUUGGGGACCAACAAGCCUCUCCUGUCCCUGACCGAGGAGGAGGACGACGGGAUGAACGGUGACGACGAUGUGGAAAACCUGGGCAAGGAGGAUGAGGAUAAGAGCUUCGAUAUGCCGCACUCCUGGGUGGCGCAGAUUGAGAUCUCCCCAGAAGCGUUCGAGACCCGCUGCCCAAACGGGAAGAAGGUGAUACAGUACAAGAGGGCGAAGCUGGAGAAGUGGGCCCCGUACCUCAACAACAACGGCCUCGUGUGCCGCCUCACCACCUACGAGGACUUGGAGUGUACCAAGACUUUGGAGAUAAAGGAGUGGUACCAGAACCGGGAGGACAUGCUGGAGCUGAGGCACAUAAACAAGACCACAGGCCUGAAUACCGACUACUUCAAGCCGGGCCACCCCCAGGCUCUGCGUGUGCACUCAUACAUGUCCAUGCUACCCGAGAUGGACCGUGUCAUGGAGUUUUAUGAAACGGCCCGAGUGGAUGGCCUGAUCAAACGGGAGGAGACGCCCAAGACGAUGACAGAGUACUACCAAGGGCGGCCCGACUUCCUCUCCUACCGCCACGUCAACUUCGGGCCCCGGGUCAAGAAGUUGGCUCUGAACAGCGCAGAGUCAAACCCCCGGCCUAUGGUGAAAAUCACAGAGCGAUUCUUCCGCAAUCCUGUGACGCCUGCGGACGAGGACGUGGCAGAGCGCGUGUUUCUGAUCCUGGAUGAGCGCAUCCAGCUGCGCUACCACUGCCGCGAGGACCACAUCACGGCCUCCAAGCGCGAGUUCCUGCGGCGCACUGAAGUGGACAGCAAAGGCAACAAGAUCAUCAUGAUGCCCGACAUGUGUAUGAGCUUUGAGGUGGAGCCCAUGGAGCACACUAAGAAGCUUCUCUACCAGUACGAGGCCAUGAUGAAGCUGAAGAACGAGGAGAAGUUGUCCAGACAUCAGGCCUGGGAGUCGGAGCUGGAGGUGCUGGAGAUCCUGAAGCUUCGGGAGGAAGAGGAGGAGGCGCACGCGCUGACCAUCUCCAUCUACGACACAAAGCGCAAUGAGAAGAGCAAGGAGUACCGGGAGGCCAUGGAGCGUGUGAUGUACGAGGAGCACCUGCGGCAGGUGGAGGCCCAGCUGGACUACCUGGCCCCGUUCCUGGCACAGCUCCCGCCGGGAGAGAAGCUGACCCGCUGGCAGGCCGUGCGCCUCAAGGAUGAGUGCCUCAGUGACUUCAAGCAGCGGCUCAUCGACAAGGCCAACCUCAUCCAGGCCCGGUUUGAGAAGGAGACCCAGGAGCUUCAGAAGCAGCAGCAGUGGUAUCAGGAGAACCAGGUGACCUUGACACCCGAGGAUGAAGACUUGUACCUGAGUUACUGCUCUCAGGCCAUGUUCCGCAUCCGCAUCCUGGAGCAGCGGCUCAAUCGACACAAGGAGCUGGCCCCACUGAAGUACCUGGCUCUGGAGGAAAAGCUCUACAAGGACCCACGCCUGGUAGAGUUACUCAAAGUCUUCGUUUGAUGCUUCCCACCCCCCCACACCUGUGGUCCUUUGAUGCCCCUCCUGAGGCCUCAGCAAAGCUGCCAGAGAAAGAAACCUCCCCCAAAGCCUGGCCCUCGUGCCCCCUACACCCAGCUAACCACCAUCCACUUGGGCACCUGGCCUUGCUGCCCUACCCGCCCCCCCCCCACCCCCCGCAGCCCUGUCUGUUCCUGCUUUUCCUGUAAAUAAACACUUAUA